AUGUCUGUUCAACGUCUUCUUCACAAACUUCGCUCUACCCAAAGACGUUCAUUUGCAGCCAUUUCCACCAACUCCCCGCCACAGCCUGUAAAUUAUGUUAGUCCAUAUCAAAUCUUUGACCGGAACGCGAAAAGGUUGCAAAAAGACCGUGCAGCCAUUCGAGAUGCCGGGGCGCGAAAUAGAACCGUAGACUACAUUCGUGAAGAGGUUGCAGAGAGGAUGAUGGAGAGAUUUAUGGAUAUAAAACGGAAAUUUGACACCGUUGUCGACCUUGGAUCCGGACCAGGGCACUUUUCUAAGCUACUGGAAACUGACAAAGUGAAGAAAAGCAUCAUGAUUGAUUCUAGUGGUCGGCUUCUAAACCGUGAUCCUGACUCUGAAUUCGAAGGUAAGCUUGGAUUUGAGGUCGAACGUAUUGUUGGAGAUGAGGAGAAUUUGUUGACGAUUAUCGACCGCAAUUCACAAGAGGCGGUUUUAUCCUGCCUAAGCCUUCAUUGGGUCAACGACCUUCCAGGAAUUUUGGUGCAGAUUCAAGAGGCCCUGCAGCCUGAUGGGCUUUUUCUGGCUGCUAUGUUUGGGGGCGAGACUCUCUUUGAACUCCGAACUUCACUUCAGCUCGCAGAAAUUGAGCGCGAGGGUGGAAUAUCCCCUCAUGUUUCGCCUAUGACUGAUACCCGAGAUAUUUCGAAUUUACUCGGGAGAGCAGGUUUUACCCUGCUUACGGUCGACACCGACGACGUCAAGAUCGCCUAUCCAAGUAUGUGGGAGCUCAUGGAAGAUCUUCAGGAUAUGGGAGAAGCCAACGCCGUAAUUGGGAGGAGAAACCUCAUACAACGCGAUACUCUAUCUGCCGCAUCUGCUAUUUAUAAAGAACUUCAUGGUGAAAGUAAUAGCAUCCCAGCUACAUUUCAGAUUAUUUAUAUGAUUGGGUGGAAGCCCGCGCCUUCCCAACCGAAACCUCUCGACAGGGGAACUGGCAAAAUGAACUUGAAGGAUGUCUUGUAA